AUGGGCUAUGAUAAGGGAAGUACUAGAUGGUAUUUGAAAGCUGCUAAGUCUAUACAAGCAUCACCUGCAUCUACAGCAGCUUCAGCUUCAGCCUCAGCCUCUGCUCCAAAUAUCAAGGCCAAAGUCACAUCACUUGAUAAACGGGUCACUCUUAUAGAGCAAUAUCAUGCCAAAACUUCUAAGAGCAGUGAUCCCAUGGACAUUAGCUCUGCUCAUCAGAGUACAAAUGAUGAUGAUGGAGAUGAUGAUGAUGGUGAUGAUGAUGGUAGUGAUAAUGAUGAUGCAAAUGAUGAUGAUGAAGGAAAUUCUAAAAAUGAAGGUGAUGAAGAAAACACUGAAGAAGAAGGGACUCAAGAAGAAGGAGGAUAA